AUGGAAAACCAAUCCAGCAUCUCUGAAUUUUUCCUCCGAGGAGUAUCUGCAUUACCAGAGCAACAACAGUUGUUCUUCAGAAUUUUCCUGUGUAUGUACCUUGUCACCUUGACUGGGAACCUGCUCAUCAUCCUGGCCAUCAGCUCUGACCCACAGCUCCACACCCCCAUGUACUUCUUUUUGGCCAACCUUUCUUUCGUUGACAUGGGUUUAAUAUCCUCCACAGUUCCCAAGAUGCUGGUAAACGUGCACACUGAGCAUCACACCAUCUCCUACGCUGGGUGCCUUGCACAGAUGUAUUUCUUUCUGAUGUUUGGUGAUCUGGACAGCUUCUUCCUAGCUGUGAUGGCCUAUGACCGCUACAUGGCCAUUUGCCACCCUCUCCACUACCCCACAGUCAUGAGCCCCCGCGUCUGCAUCCUGCUGCUUGCCCUGUGCUGGGCCCUCACCCAUAUUGUUGCCCUGACUCACACGCUACUCGUGGCUCGGUUAUCCUUCUGUGUUGUCGGGGAAAUUGCUCACUUCUUCUGUGACAUAACGCCUGUCCUGAAGCUGUCAUGCUCUGACACCCACGUCAACGAGCUGACUGUGUUUGCCUUAGGAGGCACUGUCCUCAUCGUCCCCUUUAUUUGCAUUGUCAUCUCCUACUUCCACAUUGUAGGGGCCAUCCUGAGGGUCCGAACUCCUGGCAGUAGGGGCAAGGCCUUUUCCACCUGCAGUUCUCACGUCUGUGUUGUCUGUGUGUUCUACGGGACCCUCUUCAGUGCCUACCUGUGUCCCCCCUCUGCUGCCUCUGCAGAGAAGGACAUUGUGGCAGCUGUGAUGUACACCGUGGUCACCCCCAUGUUGAACCCCUUUAUCUACAGCCUCAGGAACAAGGACAUGAAGGGGGCCAUUAAUAGGCUCCUCAGCAGCAGAACUUUGUUCCUCUUAGAUAGAGUGAUAGCAACUUCUAAUGAAAAGACAUAG